AUGUCAUCGUCUGAUGAAGACGACGUUUUAUUAUUCUGGUGGAAUUUAAGAAGAAGAAAAAUGAAAAAUAAAAAACGUAAAUAUUGGAUUAACCCAGCGUUUAAACAGCUUGUAAAAUAUGGUGCAAAUGUCUAUGCAGAUGAACUUAAACUGCAUCCAUUGCAGUUCAAAAGCUGUUAUAGAAUGAGCCCAGAUACAUUUCAACAACUUUUGAAUUUAAUUGAACAUAGUAUAACAAAACGUGAUACCAAUUACAGAGAAGCUAUAAGUGCAGGAGAAAAAUUGUUAAUAACACUCAGGUAA